AUGGAGUCGUCAGCGCCAAAAAGAGUCUCGAAGGCAUGCGAUGCCUGCAAACUGCGUAAGGUCAAGUGCAAUGGGCAGGAGCGAUGCCAGCAAUGCAGUCAUCUCGGCUUACGGUGCGUCUACUCUGUCUCCAGCAAGUCCAGGUCGCAAGGGAAACGCGGCCGCGUCAUUUCAGAAUACAAGACUAGGACCGCAAACGUGAAUGCUACUUCGCCGCCUAUUCUGCCAGCGAGCUCGGAGCAUGCCGGACCCCAAUCGCCACAUGGAAGCCUGAACACGUUGCUCCUGAAUCGUCGAUGUCUCUACGCGGAGCCUGCUGACAGUCGCACAGUGGCUCAUCCCGUAAACGCUGGGCCUCAAUUUGGUCAAGCUUUCUUUCUCGACCUGAUCCCGGAUUACGUGGAUGGCGUAUAUCCGGUUUGGCCGGUCAUCACAGAAACCGAACUGCGAGAGUACAUUGCGACCAUGGAUACCGACCAGGAAAUACGCUCUUUCGUACAUGCCUUUGGCGCAUGCACAUUGAACCUCACCCGUUACGGCGACAAACGAACCGAGGAAGUUCUCCAGACAAUCGAGACGCUGAUGGACUAUUCGAUAGAGACCAUUAGGCCAGCGUAUAAAUCGUUCAGGUCGUCGGUCAUGAGAGUUAUGCAAUCGAUGUUCAUACACAACUGCCUCAUGACUAUGCAAGCGAGCGACGCCGCCUUCCACUAUAUGCGCGACUCCAUAACCGCUGUCCAGCUGUUACGGAUCGAUAAUCCGGAGACUAUGGCACAUUUACCUCCCCCAGAACGUUCACGGCGACAGCGCAUGUAUUGGCAGGCCUAUAUCCACGAAAGGUUCGUGGCCAUUCUCGAUUACCGCCACGCUGUAUUACCUCCGCUCGACGACCUGCCAGAGGACGAUCCUACCAUCCCCAUUCAGGUACAUGAUGGUUUCAACCAGAUCAUCAAGCUGUUCCGUCUGCUGGAUCCCGAGUUUCUGAAGAACUGGCUUGGAAGUCAAGGUGGCAAUGUCACUAGCAGCUGGAUCGAGGCCAAAUCCCGCGAGCUUGAGGGCGAUGAAGAGAGCAACGCACGAGAAAUGGAGAGCCUAUUGAUGCAGCGCGCGGACCUCGCUAUCACGCGGGAAUGGCUGAGGACUUUGGUAUGGCGCCUCGCGAUGUCGCAAACGCUACUGUCUUCCCGCUCGUCGAAAGAGUGCCUGUCACUGCUCUUCCCGGUCCGACUUUCACAGAACCUCCGUCGCCAGGUCUCCGAAAUGUCCCGGGAGGAUAUCGAGGUUCAUGGGAGCAGUAUCACGCAGAAGCUCUUCGAAAUCACAGAUACGAUCGCCGACGUCCUGAUCCACGUACCCGCCGCCACCUUGGAGGAAACUGCGCUCCGCAUUGAAGACUACUUGUUCAUCCUUGACUUCGUCCUGCAGUUUCCUACUCUCGACCAGACACGUCGCGGCAUCCUACUUGGAAAGCUGGAACGGCUGCAGAGCCUGUUCCCCGAAGUCUGCAGUGCCACAAACUCGCCAAAUUUGCCGUUCGACAUGCAAUCACCGACGGGCGAUCCGUGGUAUCAGGUUACUCAGUCCAAGAUUGGACCCGAGAUGAGUGCCGAGCCGGCCGGCCUCGAAGGCCUAGUCCCAGUUCAGAAUUUCGAGCAGUCGCAAUCGGCACGGAGAGACAGCCAACAGGCGGCCUGGAAUCAUAUCUCAAGACGUCUUUCAAUGGCCACUUUUAACACCAGCUAG